UUUGUAAAUUUUAAACAACUUACAAAUAUGUUUCUGUGCAUUUUUUUAAAUGUAUGAUUAAAAUAAAAAAAAAAAAUUCUAAAACAAAUUUCGAUUUAAGAAUUUUUCCAAUAAAAAAAAAUAAAAAAAAUAUUUUAUUUUAAUUAGAAAAAAGGUGGAAAAAAUUUCAAAUUGUAAUUUAAUUGAAUUGAACAAUUUGCAAAAAAAAAAAAAAUUAUGUUGAAAGUUGUAAUCAUCUUUUGUGCCUUCAUCAUUAUUGCAAAUGCUGAAAAUGAUGAAAAAAUAAUAAAAAUGAAAGCCAAAGUAAGAGAAACAGUAGAUGAAACAAUGAAUAAACUUAAGAAAGUUAUAAAUAAAUAUUCUAAAAAAGUGAAAAUAUAUCAAUCAAAAUUAAAAUUAAAGACAUUAUUUAUAAGAAAAAUUGCUUCAAAUAAUAUUGAUGAAAUAGAAAAAGAAGUAAUGCCAAAAAUUGAUAAAUUAAUAGAAAAAACAAUUGGAUACGAUAUAAGGGAAUGUUCAGAAAUAGCCGAUAAUAUUAAACCAAUUUUUACUGAGACAAUUGAGAAGACAAAAAAUUGUACAAGAAAAAUAAUUGAUAAUCUUAAUAAUGCAUGGAUUAAAUUAUUUACAAAAGCAGAAAAGACAUGGGAUGUUUUAGUGAAUAUAAAAAAAAAUGUUUCACUUUGUGGAAAUGACAACAAGACAUCAAGAAAAUUAAUUGCACAAUGUGUCAAUAACAUGUUAUUAUUGGGAUCACGGGAAAGUGUUAAAACUGUGCCAAAUAUUAUCUAUGAAACUACUAAAUUAAGUUUUCAUUUUGCUACAAUUACAUUGAAAUUGAAAGUUUGCGCCGCAAAAAAAGCUUUUAUUGAACUUAGGAAAUCUGUUAAAAUUAUUAAAAAAAAUGUGAAAAUUUGCAUUGAUGAUCAAAAAUCGUUAGAAUUUGGAAAUACAUCGCAAUCUUCUUCAAAUGAUGAAGUUAAUAAAAUAGAUUGGAAAAAAAAAUGAUAAAAAUAUGAAUAAAAAUAAAAUUUUUAUUAUUUUAUGUUGUAAUUUGAAAAAAAAAUGUUAAUAAAAAA